UUUGAUUUUUGGACGGAACCUGUGCGAGUUAUGGAAAAUGUUACACUUCACGUAUCCGGAUCCACCGCAGAACAAUUUGAAGGUACACUUCGAAGAAAAGGGAUGCCCUUCUAUACCAUCACUGAUAAUUUGCAAAGUUGGAUUGAGAGAGAAAGAGAAGAAAAUUAUCCGGGAACACACUUAGAGGGACGGACGGCCGGAUUUGCAUUCGAUGUCUACCAUCCACUAGACGAGAUUAUUGCAUACUUAGAUGAUACAAGUAGAAAAUAUCCCAAUCUUACCAAGCUCAUGAAUAUGGGUGACACCUAUGAGGGAAAUAUAAUUUACUUAUUGAAAAUCAGUUCCGGAGGUAAUGAUACGCGACCCGCAGUCUGGGUAGAUGCUGGCAUACAUAGUAGAGAAUGGGUUGCUCCAGCCACUGCUCUCUUCAUGAUUAAUCACUUGCUCCUUAAUUAUGGUACAGAUCCAGAAGUGACCAAGCUGGUGGAUACACAUGAUUGGUACAUCCUUCCUUUGGUCAACCCAGACGGAUAUUUGCAUACGUGGGACUGGAAUCGCCUAUGGAGGAAAAACAGAGCAGUUGCUCCAAGUUUCCCAGGAGUUCUUCUCUGCAGGGGAACAGACCCAAACAGAAACUUUGACAUAUUUUUUGGAGGUCCCAGCACGAGCUCCACUCCGUGUUCACAAAUUUUCAAAGGAGAUCAUCCUUUCUCUGAAGCUGAAAGUUCCGCCAUUAGAGAUGGGGUUAUGUCUAUCAGACAUCGUCUUAGAGCCUAUUUCACACUUCAUUCCUUCUCUCAGCUGUGGAUGACCCCACACGGAUACACAACAAUGCAAGCACCCGACUUCGAAGAACACAUGGAGUUGUUGAAAAUAGCGGCUAAAGCAGUAGAAAAAACGCACGGAGUUUCGUACAGAUACGGACCAUCUGCUCGGACAUUAUACGCUACAAGUGGUAGUGCUUCUGACUGGGUAUACGAUGUAGCUGGCGUCCGGCACAGUUUCAUCGUAGAGCUACGAGACAGAGGCGUUUAUGGAUUUCUGCUUCCCAGGUCUGAAAUCUUGCCAACCAGCGAAGAAACGUGGGCUGGUAUAACGUCAAUUGUUUCACAUCUAUAUAAUAAAGACCCAGAUAAGGUAUAUACUUCUACUUCGACUUCUUCCAGCACCAGUACUACCACUACUUCUACAGUAAAAGCUACAAAAGAAACGACGACAAAGAAAUCUACUUCUACAUCAACAAUGUCUUCUACUACGGCAUAAAUAGUGUAUUUGUUAUAUUUGGAGAACUUCGAAAACAUUUAAAAAAUACAUUGUUAUAUAGUUUAGCAUUUGAGUCGAACGCAGACUAAUAUCAUUUUAGCAUAAAAUUCACAUGUUUUUUUUUAAUUUAUUUAAAACUAACUUUUUUUCAUCUGCUUUCUUAAAUCUGGGUUGACUAUAACAACACCAUAAUUAUUAAACCAUUCACUGUGAGCUUAACUGAACUACAAGUAUAUCAAAUAUAGAACCUUAAAAUCCAAUCUUAACUUACCGUUAACUCUCACCUAUACAAUAAUGAGCGAGAUUUUAACUUGUAUAAAAUCUUAUUAAGAACCAUAAACUGUGACAUUAAUUAUUAAUAAACUCAAAAUGCAGAACCUUAAAUUUUAUAAAACUAUUAUAAAACGUUAACUAUACGGUAUCUAUUGCAAAACCUUAUCUAUAUCUCAACUAUUAGAUGACUUUAACUGAUGCAAAGCUUUAAUCCAAUCUUAUACUAAAUUCUUAAGCUUAUUAAUGUUGCAAAAAAUCAAUUAUAAAGCAAAACUUUUCAUUGCAAUCUUAAAUAUUGUGAAAUCCUUACAAUACAAUCUUAAACAAUGAUCUAAACUAAUUCCAGAAUAUUUUAAAUCAGUUGUAAAAUAAAUUUAAAUGGCAUUAAAAAAAAUCGAAUAUUAUUUGUGAGAAUUUUGAUUGAAACUUCGGAUAAAGAUCUUUAGAGUUGUCAGUUUCUUUUUUCAAUUUAAAAAUUUUAUUUAAUAUUUUCAUAUUUCAUAAUCACGUUGACUUCAAAAUAAAAUAACAUCAUCUUAUAUGUUAAUUUAUUAUUAAUGUUCCUACUUAUUUAAAUGUAACUGGUUUAUAUAUGGACCUUGGCUGGUUCAAGGUGUGUUUUGUAAAUUAAAUUUUCGUUUUUUAAAA